CCUCAGCCAGCAGCCUGCAUGACGGCUGCAGCCACCGCGGCGGCACGGCGGGCACCCGGCACCACUGCGCACACACACAUGCACUGAGGGGAGACUGGAAAUGCGGCUACGCUGUGCGCACAUCCCCGCCCCUACCUUGCUAUUAUGGUUAAAAUACUGUUAGCACACAUAUUUUUUCAAAUGGCGGAAUCGAAAUCGAGGUGAGCUCCUGCGUUGCUCGUUCCACUCGCCAGCUGGGAGUGUUCUUUAUUUUAUUUUAUUUUAUUUUAUUGGCCAGAAAUCAGCACGGAUCGAACGGAUUUUUCCCCCUCCUGUGUAUCGAUUAUUGGAUGAGGAAUCAUGACGACGGGGCAGGAUGACAGCUCAGUCCGUGUGGCACUGAGGAUUCGUCCUCAGCUGGCCAGGGAGAAGAUUGAGGGAUGCCACAUCUGUACCUAUGUGAUGCCCGGGGAGCCCCAGGUGAUCCUGGGCAAGGACAAGGCCUUUACCUACGACUACGUGUUCGACAUGGACUCCCAGCAGGACGCCAUCUAUGCCAGUUGUACCGAGAAGCUUAUUGACGGCUGCUUCGAGGGCUACAACGCCACCGUCUUUGCUUAUGGACAGACGGGUUCAGGGAAGACGUACACCAUGGGGACAGGCUUUGACGUGAGCAUCGCAGACGACGAGCUGGGCAUCAUCCCCCGGGCUGUGCACCACCUCUUCCAGGGCAUUGAGGAGCGCCGUCAGGCCGCCCAGGAGCAGGGCCGCCCCGUGCCCGAGUUCAAAAUCAGCGCCCAGUUCCUUGAGCUCUACAACGAGGAGGUCCUCGAUCUUUUUGACUCGGCUCGAGACAUGAAGCAGAAAUCGCACAUCAAGAUCCACGAGGACGCCACCGGAGGAAUCUACACAGUGGGCGUGACGACGCGGACCGUCUCCUCCAAGGCAGAGAUGAUGCAGUGCCUGAAGCUGGGUGCUCUGUCUCGCACCACAGCCAGCACCCAGAUGAACGUCCAGAGCUCUCGAUCUCACGCCAUCUUCACCAUCCACCUGUGCCAAGUCCGCGUCUGUGCCUCCGACAAUCAAGAAAAUGAGACUGACAACAGAGUUUCUAACGGGAACUCGGAGAUGGACGAGUUCGAGACGCUGACGGCCAAGUUUCACUUCGUGGACCUGGCCGGGUCGGAGAGGCUGAAGAGAACCGGGGCGACAGGCGACCGGGCCAAAGAGGGCAUCUCCAUCAACUGUGGACUGCUUGCUCUGGGGAAUGUAAUCAGUGCGUUGGGCGACCGGUGCAAGCGGGCCUCCCAUGUGCCUUACAGGGAUUCCAAACUCACCCGCCUCCUGCAGGACUCUUUAGGAGGAAACAGCCAAACGGUGAUGAUAGCGUGCAUCAGCCCGUCUGACCGCGACUUCAUGGAGACGCUGAACACGCUGAAGUACGCCAACCGGGCCAGGAACAUCAAGAACAAGGUGGUGGUGAACCAGGACAAAGCCAGCCAGCAGAUCAGCGCCCUGAGGACAGAGAUCGCUCGACUGCAGAUGGAGCUGAUGGAGUACAAGACGGGCAAACGCAUGGUGGGCGAGGACGGCAUUGAGAGUUUCAGCGACAUGUUUCACGAGAACUCCAUGCUGCAGACGGAAAACAGCAACCUGAGGGUGAGGGUGAAGGCCAUGCAGGAGACCAUCGAUGCCCAGAGGGCCCGGCUCACCCAGCUGCUCAGCGAGCAGGCCAGCCAGGCUCUGGCCAGGGCAGGUGAAGGAGGGAGUGAGGAAAUUGGCAACAUGAUCCAGAGUUACAUCAAAGAGAUCGAAGACCUCAGAGCCAAACUCCUGGAGAGCGAGGCCGUGAAUGAGAACCUGAGGAAGAAUCUGUCUCGCGCCUCCAACCGCCAGUCCUUCUACGGAGGAUCGGGCUCAUUCUCCACCUCGCUCCUCGCCCCCGAGAAGGAGACGUCUGACAUCAUCGAGCUCGCCAAGAAGGACCUGGAAAAGCUGAAGAAGAAGGAGAAAAAGAAAAAGAAAAGACUCCAGCAGCUGUUGGAAGAGAGAGAGAGGGAGGAAGGGGAGGUGGUGGUGGUGGAAGAGGUUGAGGAUGCCAGCGCCGUCAAGGAGGAAGUCCCUGACAAUGAGCAAGAGAAGGGGAUGGAAAAGGAGAUGACAGAGCGAGCCAGUGAGGACGCUGACAUGGAGGUCCAGGAGGGCAGCGAUCAUGAUGACGGUGAAGAGGAGGAGGAGGAGGAGGAAGAGGAGAUGGAUGUGGAGGAGAGCUCUGAUGAUUCUGACUCUGAGUCGGACGAAAAAGAGAACUACCAGGCAGAUCUGGCCAACAUCACCUGUGAGAUCGCCAUCAAGCAGAAGCUGAUAGACGAGCUGGAGAACAGCCAGCGGCGUCUGCACACACUGAAACAGCAGUAUGAACAGAAACUGAUGAUGCUGCAGUGUAAGAUCAGGGACACUCAGCUGGAGAGGGACCGUGUGCUCCAAAACAUGGGUUCAGUGGAAAGCGGCUCUGAGGACAAGGCUCGCAAGAUCAAGGCUGAAUAUGAGAAGAAGCUGAGCGUCAUGAACAAGGAGCUUCAGAAACUUCAGGCAGCUCAGAAGGAGCAUGCCCGCCUGCUUAAGAACCAAUCACAGUACGAGAAACAGCUAAAGAAGCUUCAGAUGGACGUGACUGAAAUGAAAAAAACUAAGGUUCGUCUGAUGAAGCAGAUGAAGGAGCAGCAAGAAAAGAACAGAAUGAACGAGUCUCGCAGAAACAGAGAAAUUGCUACUUUGAAGAAAGACCAGCGUAAGCAAGAGCACCAGCUGAAAUUACUUGAGGCUCAGAAGAGGCAGCAGGAGCUUAUUCUGAGGAGGAAGACUGAGGAGGUGACUGCCCUGAGGCGGCAGGUCAGGCCCACCUCAGGCAAGGUUAUCAGGAAGGUCAAUGUCCCAGAAGCAGGUCAGGACUCCCACCGACCACCCUCUGGACGCAUGUACUCCUCUGGCAGCGCUGCUCCCAAUGGCACUCGGUCUUCCUACAGACGUGCAGCAGGUGUGUACUCCACCAGAAUGGCCCGGAAUAAAUGGCAGUCUCUAGAGCGGCGGAUCUCUGACGUCAUCAUGCAGAGGAUGACCAUUUCCAACAUGGAGACUGACAUGAACCGCCUCCUUAAGCAACGGGAGGAGCUGACCAAGCGUAAGGAGAAGGUCAUCAGGAAGAGGGACAGGCUGGCCAAGGAGGGGCCGGAGGCAGAGAAGGCACUGCUUCCCCUGAAUGAGGAAAUAGACGCACUGACGGCUAACAUCGACUACAUCAACGACAGCAUCGCAGACUGUCAGGCCAACAUCAUGCAGAUGGAGGAGGCCAAGGAGGAGGGUGACACAGCGGACGUCUCUGCUGUGAUUGGCUCCUGCACCCUGUCAGAGGCUCGUUUCCUGCUGGAUCACUUUAUGUCUAUGGCGAUCAACAAGGGUCUGCAGGCGGCCCAGAAGGAGUCCCAGGUGAAGGUGAUGGAGGGCAGGCUGAAGCAGACGGAGAUCACCAGCGCCACCCAGAACCAGCUGCUCUUCCACAUGCUUAAGGAGAAGGCCGAGUUUAACCCGGAGCUAGACGCCCUGCUGGGGAACGCCCUGCAAGAGCUAGGUAACAUGCCAGCUGAAAACGGGGAUGACAGCAGCAGUGAUGAGUCUGCCCAAAGUCCUUCUGCAGAGGGAAAUACCUUGGCCUCAGAUCUCAUGAAACUCUGUGGAGAGACCAAAACAAGGAGCAAGGCUCGCAGGAGGACCACCACUCAGAUGGAGCUGCUGUACGCCAACAGUGAUUCCACCUCUGACGCGCCCACAGCCGACUUCUCUAGCCCAAUGCUGCCAUUGGCUGAGACACCAGAAGGGGGCGGAGACUUGGACUCGUCAGGCUCAUCAGUCAGAGACUACACCGCUCUCUCCCCUGGCUUUUCCUCUAAAAUGGGCAGCAUUUCUGGCUCCAGAACUCCGUCAGGCUUGGAAAAGCGAGCACCGGAGCCUUCGCCGCUCUCUCGCAGGAAGACGUAUGACAAGGCACAAGCAGCGGCCGAAAGGGCAAAGGUCAAGGAGAUCAAACAGGGCGUCAUUAACCCGGUCCCAUCCACUAAGAGCAGUCGAUCAUCCACGUUACAGUGUGUUCACGUGGCAGAGGGACACAGUAAAGCCGUUCUUUGUGUCGACUGCACUGACGAUCUCCUCUUCACCGGAUCCAAAGACCGGACCUGUAAAGUGUGGAACCUGGUGACGGGCCAGGAGAUAAUGUCCCUGGCCGGUCACCCCAACAACGUGGUGUCAGUCCGUUACAGCUCCAGUUUGGUCUUCACCGUCUCCACAUCCUACAUCAAAGUCUGGGACAUCCGGGACUCAGCCAAGUGUAUACGUACUCUGACGUCCUCUGGUCAGGUGAAUGUAGGGGACGUCUGUGCGUCCACCACCAGCCGGACAGUCACCAUCCCAGCAGGAGAGAACCAGAUCAACCAGAUAGCUCUCAACCCCAAUGGGACGGUUCUAUACACCGCUGCCGGAAACUCAGUCAGAGUCUGGGAUCUCCGAAGAUUUGCAUCCACAGGGAAACUCACCGGUCACCUUGGUCCAGUUAUGUGCCUGACCGUAGACCAGACUGGAAACAAUCAAGACCUGGUGAUCACUGGGUCCAAGGACCACUACAUCAAGCUGUUUGAUGUGGCUGAGGGCUCUCUGGGCAGCAUCAGCCCAACACACAACUUUGAACCGCCCCACUACGACGGUAUCGAGUCGCUGGUGGUCCAGGGCGACAUCUUCUUCAGUGGCUCCCGAGACAAUGGCAUCAAGAAGUGGGACCUGGACCGCAAAGACCUGCUACAGCAAGUGCCCAACGCCCACCGUGACUGGGUGUGCGCCUUGGGUGUUGUCCCUGGAUCCCCGGCCCUGCUGAGUGGCUGCAGGGGAGGGGUGCUCAAACUGUGGCAUACAGACACUCUGGGGACCUUAGGGGAGCUCAAGGGCCACGAGAGCCCCAUCAACAGCAUCUCCACCAACAGCAGCCACCUGUUCACCGCCUCCGAUGACCGGACAGUGAAGAUCUGGCGCGCCCGUGGUGGGCUGGACAGCACCUUAGAGACGGCUGACAAUGCAGAUGACGUGGCCAGUAACUGAACACAGCGCCCCCUGCAGGUCGCAACUCUGGAAGGACUCUUAAAAGCAGCAUGCCAUGCCGCUGCCCUGCACUUUGACCCCUAACCUUUAAAGCCCAGCACCCACCUGACCCCCGACACACGUACACACACUUACACACAUCAUGUAACCCUAAUGCCCGAGUUCACAGGAAAUCCCCAAAAAAAAACAAAACAAAAAAAAACAGAAUCUCCCUACCGUUCCUCUAGCCUCUGCCAGAGGAACUGUCUUUUUUCACUGUUUACUUCCUGGGAAGAUGUUGGUAGUGUGACCCAGGAGGCCACAUCAUGGAUGACUCUUGGCAGCAUAAACUCUCGUCUUGUUUUUCCUUUUGCUCGUCGAAGCCUCAGAUCGUUACGAGAACCGAAUCUCUGUUAGGUCAUACACAAGACAUGUUGCCAUCUAAGAGUUAUGUCUCAAAAAGUGGUGUAACACACACCCAAUGAAGUGCUGACUGCAGGGAAGCAAGCUGAUGUGGUCAUUAGUUUAUUUCCCAGUUAAAACACUCACUGAAAUUAACUCUGCUGCUCAGCUUAGGUUUAGUGCUGUGCCACUAUAAAAUACACCCGCAGACAUGCACCUAUCCCAAAACAGGGUGUUUAUUAGGGUGUUUUGUUGGAUUGGGAAAACAGACGGAUGAUGGAAAGAGAGAAUGAGUGAAGAUGGUUGAGGAGAAAAUUUUGGUAGAGGAAACGGGUUGGUAGCUGGCCUUCACAACCCACGUCUUUUGGUUUUAUGGGAAUGGAUUGUUUCUCUGCACUGUAAGCAGAACCAAUGUCCCCGCGCUCCCUUCCCCCAAAUAACAAAAGUGGCUUUAUGUGAAAAAGACAAAUCACCGUUCCCCUUAACUUUCUCUCUUGCUUUUGUUUUCCUCCUCAACUUCAGCAGCUGCUUUAAGAUCAGCGACCAAAAUUGUGAAACUUGUCUUUACUGUUGUGCACUGUACUUGUGAACACAAUACACUACAGUAAUAAUACCACUCACUCUUAAGCACUUGUAAAAACCCACAGUACUAGUCUUUUCUGGUGACUUAAUCCUUCCUAACUCUCUAUGUGCAGGUUCAGCGUUUGAGGAUAUCCACACUUGUUGUCCAUGUUUCAUUGUAUGUAGCAAUGUACGUUCAUUCUCCACAUGUUGCUGUUACACUUUAAGUCCCUCACCAAACCCCACUACUGAGUUUUCAUCUAUCUCUCUGCUGCUAUGUUGUGUGCUCCCCUUCAACCCUAAGAGGGCUUCUUGUUUUGGAUGCCAGGUGAGGUCCACUUGGUACCGUAGCGAUGUACUGUAUAUAUAUAUAAAUAUAUAUAUAUAUAUGAAAAUGUAUCUUUUUGAGAGGAGGGGCCUUCAAACUUUGCCUGUGCUGUAAGCCUAACAACAUAGACUGACGUCUGUCUCCCAAUUCUGCUCCUUUUGGGACCUUACUGGGAACAGUGAUGGUCACCCUCUUUAACUGGCCUCUUUGUCAAGAUUGUUUGCCGUCGCUUUUGAAUGUUCAGUGGAACAGCACUUGUAGGCAUUAUUCGAGUACAUAUCUAAUGUAUGUAAACAAUGUAUUAAAAAUAAUCUGACUGAAUGUUAGUUUUGUGGGACCACCAACCUGAACGCAGCCUCUCAACAGAACUGAGAGGACCAGAAUUGGCAGGGAAGACAGCUUUACGAGCAGUACAAUGCUUUGAGCGGAGCCUUUGCUCCAGUUAGGUAGCAGGUUAUGUUUAGUGGCCUACUUUUGGUUGUUUUUGUUCAUCAAGCUGUACUUAUUCAACAUAUCCUGGGCGUUCCCCUCUGGAGUUUUAGUAACUGUUCCCAAAAUGGCUGAUUCUGUAGCGAUUCUAAUGUCAGAUGCCUGGUGAGAAUAAAUGCCAUCUGUCAAAAAACA